AUGAUCAAGUUAUACACGCAAAACGGUGAUGCUGAUCAAGGAAAACACUUGUUUGAAGAAAUGCCACACAGAGAUCUUGUUUCAUGGAAUGCGAUAAUUGCUGUUUAUGCCCAGAGAGGUCGUUUCCAGGCGUUUUCUUUGGUUUGCUGCUGGGAUUCCUAUUCAUGGAACACAAUUCUAGUGGUAUAUGCUCUAGAUGGAAAUAUUUGUGAUGCUAAGAAAGCGUUCGAUGAGAUGCCAACUUGGAACUUGGUCUCCUGGAACACGAUUCUUGCAGCAUAUGCCCAGACCGGGCAGCGAUCCAGCUCUUCUGGGCGACGGCGAUUGAAAGAGGCCGAGGAUGUCCUGGAGAAUAUGCCUUUGCCAGCAGAAGGAGUUGCAUGGGCAACGUUUCUUACCGCGUGCAAAAACCACAGGGAGAUGAAUCGAGGGAUGCAUGCUGCAGAAUUUACGUGCCAGUCCAGCCUUUGCAGUGGGUUUGCUAUAGCCAGCAACACAAGAUCCAAUGCUGCUGUUGUGAAUUUGAGCAGCAGCACUGCGCUCCUCCUGCUCCACAUCAGUGCCAUGCUAGGCAUGGCAAUCCGGAUUCUCAAGACCAUGCCGGUGAGAGUCUAUCAUGAGCUCCUGUUGAAAGUUGGAAGUAGUGGUGUGAAAUGCUUGCGUUUGAGGCGCAGGUGGAGAUGGGCUCAUUGA